UGGAACCCGUUGAGUUGAGUUACAGUCACAGCGACAGCUGAUUCGGCUUUCAUUUCAUUUCAUUUCAACCUUCGAUCCCAUUCCCAUUUCCAUUCCCAGCAAACCCCAGAAAAGUUCCUUCAUCAAUCAAUGCUAUGCAACCCGCAGUUGCAAAUUCAACUCCAAUUUGAUCGAUCCAUUGAUCCAUUAUUACUCACCUACUACGAUCGGAUCCCGCGAUUUCCGACUGCUCCGCACUUCACGCCAAUAUUCUAUUGCAAUUCACUCCUUCAGAUUUUCCUGCCGCCGCAAAGUGCUCCGACUUCGCGGCGUAACUGCUUCCAAUUACGCCUCCUAGAUCUGAAUUCGAAUGUGCCUUUCCCUCCUCAACUUGCUUCCUUUCUCAAUUCGGUAGCAGAAAAUGUCGCAGAAGUCGGCGUCGGAACCUGAGCCGGACUCCGACGCCGAACCGGAUUUCGUCGAGGUCGAUCCCUCCGGUCGCUACGGCCGGUACAAGGAGAUAUUGGGUAAAGGAGCAUACAAGAAAGUAUACAGAGCAUUUGAUGAAUGGGAAGGAAUUGAGGUGGCUUGGAAUCAGGUGAAAGUUACCGAUCUUUUGAGGAAUUCUGUGGAUUUGGAGAGGCUGUAUUCGGAAGUGCACUUGCUAAAAACCCUCAAGCACAAGAACAUUAUCAAGUUGUAUCACUCGUGGGUCGAUAAGAAGAACGAGCAUAUCAAUUUCAUUACAGAGAUUUUCACAUCCGGGAAUCUGAGGCAGUACCGCAAGAAACAUAAGCAUGUCGACAUUAGAGCAUUGAAGAAAUGGUCUAGACAAAUUCUGGAGGGGCUUUCGUAUCUCCACGGUCAUGAUCCGCCUGUUAUUCAUCGGGAUUUGAAGUGCGACAACAUUUUUGUUAAUGGAAAUCAAGGGGAGGUGAAAAUUGGCGACUUAGGUCUCGCAGCUAUUCUUGAGCAGGCUCGAUCAGCUCAUAGUGUAAUAGGCACUCCAGAAUUCAUGGCUCCCGAGCUUUACGAGGAGGAGUACAACGAGCUAGUGGAUGUUUAUGCAUUUGGGAUGUGUUUGCUCGAGCUAGUGACCCUUGAGUACCCAUAUGUCGAAUGUUCCAACGCCGCUCAGAUAUAUAAGAAAGUGACAACAGGAGUCAAGCCUGCCUCAUUAGGAAAAGUGAAAGAUCCGGGAGUCCGAAAAUUCAUAGAGAAAUGCAUUGCAGAAGUCUCGGAACGUUUAUCCGCCAAAGAACUGCUGAUGGAUCCGUUUCUUCAACCAGACAACGAGUUUGGGAAUAUGCAUUGUUCUCCACCACCACCUCAGUCGACAGCAGAUGAUAACAACAACCAAAAAGCUACAGAAGAGACUCUGCUUGAGGAUGGUCGAGAUUUCAUCGUGGAGGGACAGAGACAAGACCACGACACAAUUUUUUUGCGUCUUCGGAUAGCUGAUUCGACAGGUUAUAUUCGGAACAUUCACUUUCCUUUCGAUAUCUCGGUGGACACUUCAACUAACGUUGCCGGGGAAAUGGUCGAAGCACUGGACUUGACUAUCAACGAUGUUUCUGUCAUCGCCGCAAUGAUCGAUUCUGAAAUUCAGUCGAUCAUCCCCGACUGGGAGCCAAGACAAGUUGCAGCCAACACCACUUCUUCGGAAAAAGAAAUUCUUGAAAGCAGCAGCGAGGCGUGGGAUGACGAAGCGUCCAACACAGCCACCGACCCGAGUAAAUCCGACGCCAGCACUCUCGAAAGGAUGCCGCCGGGAUGGGAAAUGUGGUCCGAAUCUUACAAAUCGAACGGAGAAAUCCCGCCGUUACUCCGCAAUUUGGCGACUUCCAGAGACAACCUGUCGAAACAUGUCAGCGAGCUCGAUUCUAACGACAAUGGCGACAGAAAACCGGUGAUCGAUUCAUCUGACGAUGGUACAUCCAGCGUUUGGGAGGAAAGUAUGACCCCAAAUAAAGUCGAUUCAGACAACAUCGAAAACGUCUUCGAACAGCUCGAACAUGUCCUGGACAGGCAGCAGCAGGAGCUGAAAGAACUUCAGGCGAAGCACGAAAUCGCCAUCAUGGACAUCUUAAAGAAACUUCCGAAGGAGAUUUGCCAGAGCGUGCUCCGCAGCUGUAGGAAGAAGAGAUCUGAUCGUAUCCUCGACAUCAAGAAACACCCGCGCCGAACCCUUCGACCCGUCUUCGUCGAUGAUGUUUCAAGUUAUUCUAGAAUUAUGAAAAUGUUCGGCAAUAUCGUCAGGAGAGGGAAGAGACUCGGCGCCAUCAUCGACAAAUGCGUCCGCCGACGAUCUCCGUCGCGCUCGUGCUUUAACAGCAUCAAAUUCUGACCUUUGCGAAAGGCGUUGCGGCAAAGCUGUAGCUUUUAUAGGUGUGUUAGCAUUAUACCGUUCGAUCCCAAGCAGAGGCACGACGAUGGACCCGACUCGACGGGAUUUCGAAAAUCGGUAAGAAAGAAUCGUAUGUUUGUUUUGUGUUUUAGAUUAUAAGUGUACAGAUUGAUCUGUUGAUGGGUGUUUGUAGAGUUAGUUUUGUUGGUUGGUUUUAGUUUUGUUUUAUGUUAGUUGAAUGAAAUAUUUGAACA